CGUCAGUAUCUAGUAAACGAUUACUUUUAUUAUUUCCUGUUAAGUUUCCGAUGAAACAUCAUUUCUCUUAAUUUCAUAUUUGUGAGAUCUCUUUUCGCUGUAAGUGUCAUUAUUUUUGUAUCACAAAAGUAAAGGCUAUCGAUAUCUUUAGAACCUGCUUCCGUGAAAACUUAGAUUUUUGUGUCGAGUGAACGUUUUGCAACAAAGCAAGCAAAAUGAGUUAUGGUUAUCAAGGACCACCAGUGAUUCAGUUUCCUGGACAUGUACAACCACCAACAUCGUUUGGGGCUUCACCUGGUAUACCCCUUGCCCCUGGUGCUACCUCUGCCCCUGGUGCUCCGCCUUAUUCUCAAAGUGCCAAUGUAGGCUUUACAAAUAAUCCCCCUGUGUCUUUUGGAAUGCCACAGCCUUAUUCUCCUUAUCCUUCAAGUCCUUACCCAAUGCAACCUAAUCAUCCCAUACCUGGCCAGUGUCAUCCUCCAGCACCAGGAGCUCCUCCUCAACAAAUGCCUUUACCAAUGUCACAACCUACUUCCACUUACCCAUCUCAACAUAUGCAACAAGCAUAUUCAAAUCAACCUUCAACAUAUCCACAACAACAAAAUUAUAACAUAUAUCCAAAUCUUCAGAAUACAUCAUUAGAUACAAAAGAAUGUGUUAAUACGCCUUCUUAUACCUCUGUUUCCAAUGUCUAUUCAAAUAAUUCAAACUCCUAUCAAGGCGGAAGCUAUCCUGGGGGGCAGGGUACAGGAUUCUAUUCUCCACAUAGUGGUAUAUCUUCUCCUUAUCAAUCUCAUCCAGCCCCAACCCCCCGGAGAAAUCAAUUUGCAUUCAAGUUAUCCCCUACAGUCGUAGCAUACAAUGAUUUUGAUGCCAGAGCAGAUGCAGAAAUCUUAAGGAAGGCAAUGAAAGGCUUUGGUACAGAUGAAAAAGCUAUUAUUAACGUGCUUGCUAACCGCAACAAUCUGCAACGCCAAGAAAUUGCUGUUCAAUUUAAAACUUUGUAUGGAAAGGAUCUUAUAAAAGAUUUGAAGUCCGAAUUAUCGGGUAACUUUGAAAAGUUAAUUCUUGCAAUGAUGAUGCCACUACCACAAUUUUAUGCUAAAGAAUUGCAUUCAGCAAUGGUUGGUAUAGGUACCGAUGAAUGCGUCCUUAUCGAAGUAUUGUGCACUAUGUCUAAUCAUGAAAUUCGUGUCAUUAAACAAGCUUACGAAGCAAUGUAUAGAACAACAUUAGAAGAUGAUCUAAGAGGAGAUACUUCUGGGAAUUUCAAGCGAUUAAUGGUAUCAUUGAGCUGUGCCAACAGAGAUGAAUCAUUCGACGUAGAUCUCGCAGCCGCUAAAGAAGAUGCCAAACAACUUUUGAUGGGAGGUGAACUCCGUUUUGGAACUGAUGAAUCAGUAUUUAACGCGAUACUUGUUCAAAGAAAUGUACCUCAGUUAAGACAGAUAUUCCAAGAAUACGAAGAUAUUACCGGUCAUUCUAUUGAAACUGCAAUCGAAAACGAGUUCUCAGGGGACAUUAAAAAAGGCCUUCUUGCUAUUGUGAAAUGCGUUAAAAACAGAGCCGGCUUCUUUGCCGAUCAAUUAUACAAAAGCAUGAAGGGUCUUGGUACAGAUGAUGAUCAUUUGAUUAGAUUGGUUGUCACACGUUCCGAAGUAGACAUGGGAGAAAUCAAAGAAGAAUUCAAGCGGAAAUACAAUGAAUCAUUAGAAGAUUUCAUAUCUGGUGAUUGUUCUGGUCAUUACAAGAAGUGCCUUUUGGCACUCGUUUCUUAAAAAUGCAUUAACAGAAAGUGACAUUAUAUCU